AUUCUGCUAAUGACUGCAUCCAAUUUAGUACAAAAACAAAUUCCCUUGGAGUAGUUUUAUCCAGAAGCGUCCUUUCGAUCUGCUGUUGGCUGUUCUCCAUUCCUGAUUAAAUUCAACUCAACAUCAAUAACGGGGUUAAAUUCAAAAUCAGGCAGAUAACGUUUGGGUUGAUUGGUGAUCGCCGGUUAUCUUUAAGGGUAAAGUAUACAAAUAAUAUCCGUGCAUGAUGUCAUAUCGUACUCGACGACCGCGUUCUCGAACCCCUCCUCGAAUGCAUGCCGCUGAAGUUGCCUCCAGCGUGCGGGGCUCCGGAGGUUUUCGAGGAGAUAUAGAUAAUCGUCGCGAGCAAAGAAGACCGCUCGAGCGUAACAACGACAUGAAAAAAAGCCAUUGGGAGCCGCGGGUUCAGCGUAGCCGAAGUCCGCGACCGAAGGGAACCGCACGUAGGAGCUCCAGUUCCGAUAGGAAGCACGUUCGUUUCUCUAGAUUCUCAGACGAGGGACAGGCGCACUUCGAGCAGCCAAAGGCACCCGCGGUAAUUGAAAAGCCGACAGCCUUCCCUCCGGAAAUGACUCGCUCUUGGCAGCAGCCUCCUGUGAAGUUCUCGCCGCCGCCGAGAUUUCCUCCGAGCGAUUUUAACACCGAACAUUUUAGAGGAGCGGAGAAAGGUUUCACGUCGGCCCCGAAACAGUCGUGGGGUAAGGACGUUAUGGUUGUCAUGGAUGAUCACGAUGAGGAGGACUUUGGCUUGCCGGUUAAUUCGACGAAAGGGGUUGUAGGGCAAAGUGUUGCGAGUGCAAGAUCUAUGAGUCAGUCAGGUGCGUUUUUUGAGCUUGUAGGUGUUGAAACAGCCUUGACUGAAGGCCAUUCAAAGUCUGCUCCAAUGAUCGUUAUAUAAGAUAGUAUUCGCUUUUAAGGUACCAGAUUAGAUUGACACAAAAGUACUACCAAAUUAUGAAAUCAAACUUCCUACUUUUGUGUUUUAAGAAAAUUGACCAUCAGUUCUACAGUAGAUCUAACGAUGUUUUAUGGUAUUAAGUGUAAGAACCACUUAGAAGUAUAUGGAACGAAUUCCUGUUGCAAGUACUAAGCUUCAUAGCCGAGCCGCCUAUUAUUACCCCAGGUGCUCAUUUUUAACGAGGCCCUGUCGCCUUCAUGAAAAAGAUCAUUAUAUCUUAAAUUUGCAUGUCUUAUUCAGUUGAGUGGGGAUAAAACUAUUGACCAAUGGUGAUUUGUUCUGGAUUGUUUGACAGCAAUUUUUUGGAAAGGUUUUUUGAUAUUUUAAUACACUUUGUUUCUUGCGUCAAAAGAAUUUCUUUUGGAUACAACAAUUUUGGAUCAUUUGAUCGACAAAUAUUGAUCAAAUUGUUAUUGAUAUUGAGUUUCAGGAGUUACCUACUUGAGCCAUAGAUUAAAAAAACAAUUUUAAUCUAUGCUUGAGCUGAAAAGAUUUUGGGCAGAACGCGCCUGCGCAGGUGUGCGGGUGGUAGUAUUUGUGCUAGCUACCCAUUUUUGAACAAGGCCUAAAACGCGUGUUUUUUCCAUUAUCAUUAUUAUCAAUAUUAAAUAAAUGUAAUUUUCC